UGUGUGUGUGUGUGAGAGAGAGUGUUUUUAUGAAUGAAGUGGUGACUCAGGAUGUGUCAUACCCCCGUCUUUAUAAAGGAAGUUUUAAACAAGCCUAAACAUUUCACUUCGCGAAAAAUUAGACUUACCCUCGCAUCCUUCUCUCACUCUGUCUCUCCCUCCAUACACCUCUCUGACCCUCGCCGUGUAUCUUUCCAUCCUCACUCGCGUUUGUUAAAACUAAACAACUAUUGGGGCUGGACAGAGUCAAGUUUUGCUGCUUUUUUUCUUGUUCUCGCUAAUUCUGCACUUCUGUCAUUCAUUCAUUUUCUUCCUCACCUCACGCUCUUCCUCUGUAAACUACUGUCGCGAGCCGUUCGCGCGGAUACUGAGAGAGAGAGACGAACUUUGGAGCACGUGACAACAUCUGGAGCUUCAUUUAUUUAUUAAUAUCUACACUUUGUUUGUUUGUUUGUUUAUUUAUUUAAUUAUUUCUCUGCGUAUUUAUUUGCAACGUAUCUACUUUUUAAAACAAGGACCUGGACAAAUAUGAAAUUGCUGGGUGACUCCUCCUCAUCGCUGCUCCUCUCGCUGCUGUUGGCUCAACUUCAUCUGUUAGCAUCUGCCUUCCCUGCCCACCCCCGGCGGAUCCAGACUGACUUUGACAAGCUGACCAAUCAGACCAGACACCUUCUGAAGCUGACUCAGGAUCUACUGAAAAACCCAGUGUUUGCCACAGAGAUUGAUCACCACAGGUUCAAGUCUCUUCCAGCAAUCAGCAGCAGAGUCAGUGACCUCACCACUCUGGAGUUCAAGCCUACACUUUCUCAGCUCUAUGUGGACCUAAAGUCCUUUGAGCACCAUUUUGAGUGGCUGAACAGAACAACACGCAAGCAGCAGCACAGCUCAGUACCAAAGCUGACAGACAUGAUCUCCCACAUUAAGAGCCUCAUACACUCCUUACAGCGUCAGAUGACCCGAGCAGAGGCUCCCCGGAUCCCCGUUCCUUCUCCCUCGCUCCCACCUAAUCCCGCUUUUCACUGGGAGGUGGUUCAAUCCUCUCAGGAACUCCUGCAGCAGUUCAGACUCUUCUGUGACUGGGCCUCACGAGUGUUCCUUACCCUCAAAUCCAGAUUACCAGCAUGAGGAACCUCAGAGGCAUCACGCAAAAAACAUCGUGCGGUAAACUGCCUCCUUUUUACACUACAGCAAAAAUGGCCAGAACUCGAUCAUUAUUACAGUCCAGGGAUGGACUGACCAUAGGGAGCACCGGGACUUUUCCCAGUGGGUUGGGUCAACGUAUGGGAUAAUAGUUUUGAUAUUGUCAGGCCGGAACAUCUGAACACAUUUCGACUUGUUCUCUCGUACUCAUUCACAACCUACUCUUGUUCAGUCUCGUUCCACUGCUUUGCACUUCCAAAUCAUAAGAAUGAGAGUAAAUCUCUGCCUAAUACAAUUCUGCAUUUUCAGGCAUGCAUGAUUAUAAAUAUUGCAUAUGAAACCAGGAAGACGACGAUUGAUUUGAUCAACUGAAAUAUAGUGCCAUAGAAUUAUGACCUCUUAAAAAUGUGUUCCAGUCCCAAGGGGUAAAUUGAGUCAUAUAAAGUGGCAGAUUAAACCAUCUGACGCCAUAUUGGACAUUUGAAAAAUCCCUGAAUACUAUGUGUGAUGGGCCGUGUACGUCCAGACUGAUUUGUUUUUAGUCCCAGUCCAUCCCUGUUGCGGUCUGAAGCCUGAUCAGUGAAGGAGUCUGAUCUGAAAAUAACAGUCCACUCCAGUCGACAUCCUGCUUCUGACGCUCCAUUUAACCUUAAACCUUCCUUUGCCUUUUCUUUUUUUUUAUACAAAUUCAUUUUUCAGAACUAUUUGUUAUUUAUGUAUUUAUUUAUUUAUUGACUAGUUAUUUAUUUGAUGAUAUUAUUUAUUUGAUUUCUUGAUAAAUGUGUCAACAUUCUUUCAUUUGCAAGUCAAGAAGUAAAAUGUACUCUCUUUCUUAUUUUCCUUUAUUCAUCAGCUUCUCCUGUACCACACACAAAACCACAUGUAUGACAGUCCAUUUCAUGUCUCUUAUUAAACUGAUUUUAUUUUCAUACAAUUAAAUUUCGUUCUCACUGUUACCUAGGCUACAAUACUCUGCCACUAGAUGUAGCAAUAUUUUGGGAGUGUAAUGUAUGUCAGUGCUGAAUGAGAGAGGACUAGCACUGAUCUGAACUUUGCUUGUCUUUCUUUUUUGUUGUUGUUUUUAUUUUUUGCACAGCAUAUUGGGGUUUAUAUUGUUUUUUAUUGUUAGUUCUGUGAUUCAGAAACACGUUUUGAUAAACCUUAUUUCCAGCAACAUAAGAAAAAGACAACCUAAGCCUUAAAAUACUAUGUAUUGUGAUACUUUGGUACUGUAAAGCUGUACAUACAUGCUGCCGAAUGUAAACUGAUAUACAAUGAGUGUAUACGUAUAAUAUUGUUUUCUAUAAUAUAUAAGUCCAGUGCUCUAUCAAUGUGUUGCAAUAUCAACAUUAUUUUUCCUUUCCGUCCCUCUUUUUUAGGAUUUUGAUACAGUAUUUACUAUUUAUUGAUAUGAUUAUUAUUAUUAUUAUGGUUAUUAUUAAUUAAAAUAAUUGUUCAAAUUAUUUAUUUUUGCGAAUCAGGAGCAAGACUUCUGUUAUGUUUUGUACUUUUAUACUACUCACCACCAAUCAUCAUCUCUGUUUAGGUUGCUUUCUGUGUCUACAUAGACCGAAAGUUGCUACAUGUUUGUGCACUAAGUAUGCAAAAACUGGCUGUGUUCAACUGUGUGCCUUCUGAGAGAA